UAUACACCUACCAUAGCUGGCAACGGGCCUUUAAAAAAUAUAGUAUACGCUAAAUGACUUUUUGCCAAACUCCUACAGGCGAUGAGAUCACUUUGAAACACACGACGUUUUUUUCUGCGUAGAUAAGUGGGUGGCAGCACUUGCAAAAGUGGAUGAAAAGUCGAUUGAGCUUAAGAGCGUAUGGCAAAAGAAAGAACGGUGGAAUAAGUGACCCCCAGGGUAUGACAGAGCCAAUUGGAUAUACCAUGUACUGACUAAAACGGAAACUAGACCGUGUACUAUUGCGUGACUGCCUGUGAAAAUUGGCUUACCUGAGUGCAAUGUGGGAAUUUUUCUACCCCUCUUUUUAUAGCUCUUGUUCCACACCUCUUUCAUCCUUUUUUCUUUUUGACCAUGUCUGUCUUAGCUCAAGCUACUCACCAUAGCUCACCUGGCAAAGGUUCUAUCGUCUGCCACAAUUAUGGAAGCAAAACAAAGUUUUCAAGGAUAACCGCGCAAUAUCCACUCAAAUUCGUACCUUCAAAGGGACAUCAUGAAAAGAUCGCAGUAGCCCAUAUGUUGAGCAACGGCACCACUUCUGGAGAUCAUUUGGACAUCAACGUCGAACUUCAAGAGAAUACCAAUUUGUUGCUACUGACAAGGGGAAGCAAUAAACCUAGUGGAUGUACUAGCACUGCUGCACCUCCACCAUCUCCACCACUGGAUGCCACAGAGGCAAAUGAUGCCGAUAUUGAAACUUUCAAUCUCAAAGGUUCAUCACAAACUAUCAAGGCAACUCUCACCCCCACAUCAACCCUUAUUGUCUUGCCCUCAGCCACUCAUUUCAGAGAUGCUUCUCAUUUUUCCCAUCAAUCCUAUUACUUACAAAGCGAAGGCCGAGCCACGUCACAACUGGUUUUACUUGAUUGGCGGACGGCCAUUUCAAGAGAUGAUAUGUGGCAUUCAAGCCAACUGGAUAUCUUUAUGGACCACACUCCUAUAGUACGAGACAACAUGUUGAUUACAGACCCACUUCCAGGAAGCAGAGGGCCUCAAUGCUUUGCCACUUUGAUCGUCAUCGCUAGCCCAGAUGCGACUGACUCCUUGCAAGCUGGUGUUACCGCCAUUCGUGCUCUCCCAAAUACGAAUGAUCCCCGUUUGCGGUGGAACAUGCAGCCUAUUCCAAAUGGUGUUCUAGUUCGCAUUGCUGGGGCUUCCACCGAUGGAGUUCGAGAUUUUGUCAAGUCUGUCUGUCUCAAAGGCCAUAUUGAGAGCAUCAUUGGCCACGGACUUUUUGAUAGCAUUCUUUCAUGAUGUACAUACUUUUUAUUAUGAACUUUUUUCUCUCUUUCUUUUCUUAACCAACUGCACGCGCAUCGUAUAUUCUUUAUAAUUUAUACGGUCUUUCCUAAAUCACACAUAUCCAAACAACAACAAUGCACUUAUUUUUUUCUCUGAAUUCUAUCCCCAAAACUUAUUUUUUGAAGUCCCGAACCACAAGGAUGGCCGGAGGUAAAAAGAAAAUUGCACCAAUGAGUAGUAGUACCUUGCAAUAAAUAUAUUUUCCCUCACUCACGAAGGCAGA